AUGAAGAUCCUUCUUAUCAGCCUGGUCUGUGCCGCCAUCUGCCUUGCGCAGGAGCCAGAAUCUUCUACUUCCGCUGAGACGACUGAAGCUCCCGAUUCCACGACUUCAACAGAACCAACUACAUCAACCACUACAUCGGCGACCACGACCGUAUACACUCCUGCAUUCGGCCUGAAUGUCAUCCUACCAUUGGUUACCACAACCCUCGGAGCGGCUGUCCUCUUGGAUCAUUAA